AUGUCGGAAGUUGAUGUCGCCAUCGUUGGCGCGGGCGUUGCCGGGUUGGCAGCCGCAGUGACUUUGGCGGAGGAGGGGCUGAAGGUUCUUGUCCUUGAGAGCCGAUCCAUCCUCGGAGGGCGGGCGCGCAGCUGGGUGGAUGGCGUCACACGUGAUCCCGUGCACAUCGGCCCUCACGUGGUAGUGUCAGAGUACCCUAACUUCUUCAAACUGCUGGAGAAGCUGCAGACGCUGGACAAGAUCGUUUGGCAGCCCUGGCGCCACUUCGUGACCUUUGUGCAGGGCAAGGAAGACUACCACAUUAGGACACAGCCUCUGCCUGCCCCGGCCUCCUGGGGCCCAGCUUCCAUCUUGGACCCGUUCGUUACUUGGGCCGACAAGCACUCGACGGUACCGGCCGCAGUGCAUUGCCUUAGCCUCGACGAGUCAGAGCUGUUGAAGCUCGAUGGACAAUCCGGUGCCGACUUUCUGAGAGGUCUCGGCGUCUCUGAGGACUACAUCAACCACUUUUGGGGGUUUCUGUCCCACGCCAUUCUCAAUGUGCCAGUGGAGGAGGUGUCCGCCGCCGCCUUGGUACGCUUCUUUCGACGCCUCGUGGGCCGAUCCUCCAUGGAAAUGGGCUUUUCGGGAUGCGGCUUGGGCGAGCUGCUUACGCCUGCGAAGCAGCUUCUCGAAAAGCUCGGCUCUUCCGUCCGCACAAACGUAGAGGUCACGGGUUUCCUGGGCAGUGCCCGCUGCGAAGGCGUGGUGCUGGAUUCAGGCGAAGAGAUCCGUCCGAAGUUGGGGGUCAUCAGCUCUCUGCCGCCACAGACUUUUCUGCCGUUGGUGCCACCGGCGUGGGAGACCGCGGGUUUUCGAAGUCUGGAGGCCUUGAAGCCGUGCCAGUACAUCUCUGUGUACAUCUGGUUCGACCGCAAGGUCACGGAGGGAAAGCAGAUGUGGGCGAGGACUUACAACAAGAACGACCUCAACUGUGAGUUUUACGACUUCUCCGAGAUCUACCCUGGCAAGGACUCUCGAGGCCAGCCAUGGAAAGAGCGUGCGUCCUUCGUCGGCUCCAACAUCAUCGAUUCAGGAAGGUGCGCAUUCUCCAAAACAUGGAAGGACGCAAGUAACAGGUCACCGAGUUGCAUGGUGUAG